UUCAAACUCAUUCAUAACCGAGUUGAUCACAAAAGUAAGUCAGAGACGGUGAGAGUGAGAAGAACUGAACAGAAAUUACAGAAUUUCAGAAAUGGCUUCCAUGGUUUCAUCCUCCCCAUUAAAAUCCAGCAAUAAAAAUUAUUCCUACAACAACAACCCAAGUUCCAACAAAGGGUCUUCACGAAUUUCUUACAUCAUCUUUUCCAAUCAAGAAACCAAUGAAGAACCAAACAAGCAAUUGGGUCGUAGGGAAAUUAUAUUGAGGACAAGUGAGAUUGCUGUACUUGGAGCAAUCUUCCAUUUCGGUGGUAAAAAACCAAACUAUUUGGGCGUGCAGAAGAAUCCACAGGCAUUAGCACUUUGUCCAGCUACUAAUAACUGUAUUUCUACUUCUGAAGAUGUUAGUGAUCUUACUCAUUAUGCUCCACCAUGGAGUUAUAACCCUGAAAAUGGAAGAGGAAAGAAAAAACCUGUCAGUAGAGAAGAGGCGAUGAACGAGCUCAUCCAAGUGAUAAAGUCGAAGAAACCAGAUAAUUUCACACCACGGAUCAUGGAGAAGAAAGAUGAUUAUAUACGCGUAGAGUAUGAGAGCCCAAUCAUGGGGUUUGUUGAUGAUGUGGAGUUUUGGUUCCCGCCUGGCAAGAACUCAACAGUUGAAUAUCGAUCUGCUUCUCGGUUCGGAAACUUUGAUUUCGAAGUUAACAAGAAAAGAAUCAAGGCACUUAGGGUGGAAUUGGAGAAGAAAGGAUGGGCAUCUGUGGGAACCUUCUAAGAAAUUAUACUUCCAAGGGCAGCAGUGAAAAUUACAGUUCACAGGGACACAUGGUGUUCUCUACAACAUCGUUUCUAGGUUGAGAAGUGAGUUUGCACAAAACUCCUUUGGCUACCCGCUAUCAGUUGUUGUAUUCACGUACCAAAAAUUAUUCAAUAAAAAUAAAAACAGUAGUAUUUGUUUUGGUAUAUUUGACCUGCUGGGGGAUGGUGAAUGAUGUUGGAUUAGACAAACUCAAGCCGCAGCUUAAAGCAUCUCCAAUUUUUAUUUAGAUCCUUAUUUAUGGGAUCAUAUGUAUGUGGUAAAAAUAGCAACCCUUCACGGACUAUCUCCAACAAUGUAGGACCCUUCACGGACUAUCUCCAACAAUGUAGGGUCUUAUUCUGAGGAUUUGUUUUUUUUGGUUAAUAAUAAAGUUGAUUCCCUUUU